GUUAUUUGAAGGCUCAGUUUAGUUGUGAUGUGAAGAUCUUGUAUUGGCAGGAUGUCUGCAUUCUGUCUGUGUUGUGCAAUCUUCCUCUGCCUUCUUUGCUGCACCUUGUCUGAGAAAGGGAGCAAGGGACUGCUGGUCCGAAAGCAGGAGGGAGACACUAUGACCAUCCACUGCAGCACCUCUCUGCCAGACCAAGAAAACCUCAGUGUGUACAUGCGCCUGACAAAAGAGAUUCUAGUCCUCUACUUUCACCAGGCAUCAGAAAAAUUAACCCUCCACGAGAGGUUCAAACUCAGAUUGACGACUAACAGAAGACUCAACAAAAUGGACAUCACCAUCACAAACCUGACCAUAGAAGACUCUGGGGCCUUCUGGUGUGUGUACAGUGUUUAUAAGAAAAACAAGAUUGAGAAGACUGAGGGGGAAGGAGCUGUUUUGCUGGUGGUGAAUGAUGAGGAGUGUGACCAGAAUGACGCGUCCUCAGGGCUAGGAAUGUCCUGGUAUCUGGUCCUGGUCUCAGCUGUCACUGCUGGCUCUGUGCUUCUCCUGAGUCUGCUCAUCCUCUUCAUCUGGGUCAUCCCCAGGGCUACUCUUUGGGCCGUAGCACACGCCAAAUAGAUGACAGAUAACCCACAAGCCAAUCGUGACCUUCUCUUGUGAAGCCCAGAUGUAAGAGAGAGAGAACAAAGGCUGAACCUGGUCUUAACUUCCAAUGCCCAACCCCCCUCCACGCCA